AUGGGUCUUCAUUGUUAUGUGAGGACAAAGAGGUUUUCCAACAAACAUGGUGCUGACUCAUGGCCUCCGUCAGAUGGUGAAGUCGAUUUUGAAACCAAGCAUGUCCCGAAAUCAAACUUAGCAAAGCUACUGAAGGCUUUUCAGCAAUCCAGGAGAAACGAAGCAGAAUGUGGCAUUGCGAGACGAGAGAGUACCACCUUCUCUGAGAACAAUAAUUCUGAUAGUGAAAUUGAAGAUGUGCUUGAAACCUUUCCCAAACCAUCACCUGGAGUCCAGGGCUUCCCUCAUCCUGCCUUUCCAAGGCCUGAUCCUCUUCCAAAACCACUCAAGACUCUAGCAGGCCUUGGUCUUGCACAGGAAGGAGCCACAAAGCCAGAACUUGUUGAAAAGGAAAGUGAUACUUAUAUUAUUGAAAGGGCGCCCCAAGAACAAGCAGAUCAUGACCAUUUGACUUCUGUUGAUAGAGCACACAAAAAUAAUAAAAGUGACAUAAUGUCAGCCGUAGGACUGGGAGAAGAGGAAAAUAUAGAAUCACCUUGGGAUUCUGAGAGUAUCUCUGAGAGUGUUCCACAGAAGUUUGUGGAUCAUUUAUCUGGAGAUCAAAGAGGAAACAAUACAUUAAAUGGACAAGCAGAAGGUGUGUCUUAUAUGCCUUCUUUCGUGAGUGGAUCGAGAAAAUUUAAGUUGGCUGAACUAGAGGAGCCCAGACAUGCAGGCAUACCAGUAGCCCACGUGGAGUCUCCUGAGAAGUAUCCUAAUGUGAAGCCCGCAGUCGGAGUGGAAGAUUCUGUUCCUAAUGAAACAGUAGGAACGAAGGAUCCACAAACAUCUAAUUCAGACUGGGAUUCGACUAGUUUGAGCCUCAAUAGUGAGACUUGUCAAAGAGCCGGGCAUUUGAAAGCUUAUGAUCGGCGUCCGUUGGUGUCCCAAUCAGUGACCAAAAAUCAGUCAGCACCCACAGAACUCGGACAGAAGACCACAACAGAUAAAGAAAAGAUGAAAAACGCAGCGAUGUUUCUGGUAGGGAAUUCCAUGCCCCAUCACCCGGGCCAGUCUCCGCUGCCAGAAAACAGAGAAAGCAAACAAGAUUUGUCAGGAGAACUAGAUGUGGAAGUGAUAUUAGAGGAAGAACAAGAAAAACUUCAUGGAAAUGAAAAUAACCAUUCACAGGUGGAAGAAGAAAAGAAGCACGAAAGUAGUGAAGUGGAAGUAUCAGACAAUGUAUGCGAUGCUGCUGCUGAGAGUCGAUUGAUUCAGCAGAGAAAGAGUGGAGGAAAUAACAAGCAGGAGUUUCCUGCUAUGGAGAAUAAAGGUUCUGAUAGUAGUGAACCUGGCGUGCCCAGGAAGGAGAUAGAGAAAAAGAACAAUGACAAAUGGACACCAGAAGAAUGUGUGAUUGCACCAGUAUUUGAAAAGACCAAUUCACUGACUGAUGGUCUGCUGCAGGUGAACGAUGACAGCAUUUUAAGGAAGGUGGAUCAAGAUGACAGCAGGCCUGCAAGGAAAACAGCAUCUGAAGAGAAGGUUUCUGAUAGUGGUAGAAAAGCCAAAGAUCUGUUACUCAAAUACCAUAUGCUACAGGAUGAAAUUGCCAGCCUAAGACUGGAAAUGGAUGCAGUAAAACAUCAGAAUCGGGAAAAUGAGAAGAAAUAUUCUGAGGAUAUUGAAAAUCUUCACCAGGCAGUGAAAUCGAAAGAGGAAAUAUUCACACAGGCUAUAUUCCAGUAUACUGGUCAGCUUACUGUUCUGAGAGCUGAGAAUACAAUGCUCAACUCUGAGCUGGAGAACAAUAGACAAAACAGACACAGACUGGAGACAGAAGUGGAAUCCUACCGUUCUAGACUGGCUGCUGCCAUUCACGAUCAUGAGCAAGGUCAGACAUCACAGAGAGACCUGGAACUUGCCUUCCAGAAAGCACACGAUGAGCGGUUAUGCUUGCAGGACCAAAUGAAGUGCCAUGGGACUAAGCUGAAAAGUAACAGUGAGACGGCUUCCCAGCAACUUCCUAAAGUGGAAAGUCAAUUCAAUAAGCUAAAAAUGAAGACGCAUCAGACGAGAGAUGAUCUCAGAGGAAAGACUUUGAUGUCAGAAUGUGUCCAGAGAGACCUACGCCAAGCAGAGUGUCGAAAGCAGGAAAUUGAACACAUGGAUCAGAACGAACAAGGCAAAGUGAAUGAAUACCUUGGAAAGCAGGAAUCCUUAGAGGAGAGAUUAUCUCAACUCCAGCGUGAAAAUAUGUUGCUCCGACAGCACCUGGAUGAGGCACAAAACAAAGCUGACAGUAAAGAGAAGACAGUCAUUAGCAUCCAAGACCAGUUUCAGCAGAUGGUGAAAAAUCUUCAUGCUGAAAGUGAGAAACAACAUCUGAUGCUGGAGGAAAGAAACAAGGAGUUAAUCAACAAAUGGAAUCAUUUAGAAGAGAGAAUGUGUCAGUAUGAAAAUGAGGAAGCAGGAGAAGCAGAUACGAGACAACUUUGGCAAGAACUGGCUGAUGGCCUCAAAACGUGGUCUAUGUCGGAGGCUGCACUGGAAGGCAUGGCACCUAACUGUGCGAACUUAGAAGAUGAGAUACAGCAUUUAAAGAGCAAGUUCCGUCGACUCCCAAGUCAGUUGCAAGAAUCACAGGAUCAACAUAUAGAGGCCGCGAGAUGUGCUGAAAAACCACAGGAUCACAUCCAAAGACUUGAAAUUGAAAAUGCCAAGUUAAAAACUAUAGUCAAAAAGCAAGUGGACAAAGUUGAACAACUUCAGAAAACCCUUUCAAGUACAAGAUUGGUAAGUCAACCUCUUAAUUUCUGUCAUACUGAGGAAGAAUUUUAAUUUUUUUACUAGUAAUAUACGACAAUAUUUUUGGACAGUGUGAAAAACCUCUUUGAUUAAAGAGUUUAUUGU